GGAGGUACCGAAACGCAAAACUCCCACACGCUAACGAAGAAACGGAGGGCAGGAGAAGCGAGCAGAGGCACAGUUCACCUGCUCCCCCCACGCCGGCCGCCACCGCCGCCGCCUCCCUGAAUCCGUCUCCCCCAACUUCUCGCAGCAAUCAUCGAGAUGAGCGCAGCCGCAUCCGCGGCGCCACCUAGGCGCCGCACUCGCAGCCGCCCGCCGUCGGCCUCCUCCCGCAAGUCCGACGACCCCUCGGCCGCCGCCGCCGCCAACGGAAACGGGAAGACCUCCCCCAAGACCGCCUCCCCCAACCAACUCACUAGGGGGGAGAGAACGGUGAAGAAGCUGCGGCUGUCCAAGGCGCUGACGAUACCGGAGGGGACGACGGUGUCGGAUGCGUGCCGGCGGAUGGCGGCGAGGCGGGUCGACGCCGUGCUGCUCACCGACGCCCAAGGCCUCCUCUCCGGCAUAGUCACUGAUAAGGAUAUAGCGACAAGGGUGAUUGCUGAGGGGCUGAGGGUGGAGCAAACCAUUAUGUCCAAGAUCAUGACACGAAAUCCUAUCUAUGUCAUGUCUGACACGCUUGCCAUUGAGGCAUUGCAGAAGAUGGUUCAAGGGAAAUUUAGACACCUCCCUGUUGUAGAAAAUGGUGAGGUUAUUGCUAUGCUGGACAUAGCAAAAUGCCUCUAUGAUGCAAUAGCAAGACUGGAAAAAGCAGCAGAACAAGGGAGUGCAAUAGCAGCUGCUGUAGAAGGGGUUGAGCGUCAAUUGGGAGGCAACUUUUCAGCUCCUUCUGCUCUCAUAGAAACUCUAAGAGAGCGGAUGUUCAAACCUUCGUUGUCAACCAUUGUCACAGAAAGCACCAAAGUAGCAAUUGUUUCGCCUACAGAUCCUGUGUAUGUAGCAACACAGAAAAUGCGAGAGUUUCGAGUUAAUUCAGUGGUUGUUGCUACAGGAAACACAUUGCAGGGGAUCUUUACCUCAAAAGAUGUGCUUAUGCGUGUUGUUGCACAAAAUAUUUCCCCUGAGUUGACCCUAGUAGAAAAGGUGAUGACUGCGAACCCAGAUUGUGCCACGUUAGAUACAACAAUUCUCGAGGCAUUACAUAUAAUGCAUGAUGGCAAAUUCUUGCAUAUUCCUGUUAUUGACAGAGAUGGACAAAUUGCUGCUUGCCUGGACGUUCUGCAACUUACCCAUGCAACCAUUCAAUUGGUUGAAGGAGGGAAUGGAACUGUAAAUGAUGUUGCAAACUCAGUAAUGCAGAGGUUCUGGGACUCUGCUCUUGCUUUGGAGCCUCCAGAUGAGGAAUUUGAUAGCCAUAGCGAAGUAUCAUUACUCAUGGCGUCAGAGGCUGGAGAUGGAAAGAGUAGUAUUUAUCCCCCUGUCAUUGGCAAUUCAUUUGCCUUUAAGCUUCAAGACCGAAAGGGCCGUGUGCAUAGAUUCGCUUGUGGUUCUGAGAGCUUAGACGAGCUUGUGUCUUCUGUAAGGCAAAGAUUAAAUAUUGCUGAUGAGAAGGACAUAUUGCAACUCUUGUAUGAAGAUGAUGAAGGCGACCGAGUGCUGCUGACAACAGAUGUCGAUCUUGCCAGUGCAGUGCUCCAUGCCAAAUCAUCUGGAUUGAAGGUUUUGAAGUUGCAUAUCGAAGAUCCUGGUUUGAACACAGAAGUGACAAAACCAUCUCUGGAGCUGGCGCCACCUCCCCGCAGGAGUGGGCUGUCUCCGGUUCAUGUUGGGUUGAUGGCUGGUGUUGUUGCUAUCAGUGGCGCAGUAGUCAUGGUUUACUUGAAACGAUCUCAGCUGUGAUUUCCAAAUCCAGAGGGAUCCAUGCUUCUUUUUUUUUUUUUUCUUUCUUUUUUCUGAAGGGGGAUCGAUGGCUUUCCAAACUAGCAUUGUCAUUCUGAAGAAUUUCACCUUCACUCGCAUCAUUGCAUGCUAAGAAACGAAUGAAUGAAUGGACGGAAGCCAAGGUCACAUCUGACGAGCUGAAGAUCGACCCAGACAGGAUAAGAUCAUUGCUUUAUGAGUAGGUGAAUUUCUGAUACUGGGCAGAAGGAGCUGCCUAUCUUUGUUUUCCUCUCUUCAUUCUGCACGAACAUGAACGAUUUCACGACUACGGUGAACUGUAUAAACAUUACAUAUGUUCUCUGUUCAUACUUAUGUACUUGUUUGUAGAUAAACAGACCAAGUAAACCCAUUUCAGAGGGAUCGGUAACUUUUGCAAA